CGCUCGGCAGUUUUCGCGUCGCUGGCUCUGCAGGGGCUGCUCGCUCGCUGCCCAGUCGCUCUUUUUUCCGGGUUCGGAGCCGAUCCGGAUGCCGCGGGCGCCGGAUGCCUGAUCGCCGCGAACCGGAGCGCUCCGUACAUGGAUUAUCUGGGAAACAGCCAUCAACUAGGAUGUCGGAAUGUCUCCAGAUCUCACUUGCUGUUUGUAGACUUGGCGUUUGCACGUGUUUCCGAGCGCUGUGCUGCAAGGGACCCCCGCCCGCGCGCCCCGAGUAUGACCUCGUCUGCAUAGGCCUCACGGGCUCCGGCAAGACCAGCCUGCUGUCCCGGCUCUGCAGCGAGAGCCCCGAGCACGUCGUGUCCACCACCGGUUUUAGUAUAAAGGCUGUGCCCUUCCAGAAUGCCGUCUUGAAUGUCAAGGAACUCGGAGGGGCCGACCACAUCCGCAAGUACUGGAGCCGCUACUACCAGGGCUCCCAGGGCGUGGUCUUCGUGCUGGACAGCGCGUCCUCCGAGGGCGACCUGGAGACGGCCCGCAACGAGCUGCACUCGGCCCUGCAGCACCCACAGCUGUGCACGCUGCCCUUCCUCAUCCUCGCCAGCCACCAGGACAAGCCGGCCGCCCGCUCCGCCCAGGAGGUCAAAAAGUACUUCGAACUGGAGCCGCUGGCACGCGGACAGCGCUGGAUCCUGCAGCCGUGCUCGCUGGGCGACGUGGCGGCGCUGAAGGACAGCUUCUCCCGGCUCAUCCAGCUGCUGGAGGAGAAGGACCAGGAGGCCGCCAGGAUACUCAUCUCUCUGCCCCGGGGACAUCCCGCACGUCCGUCGACCAUCGUCGGCAUGAACGACACGUACACACUACUGAGAGACGCGGUUCUCUGUUCACCACUAGUCGUCUCCGCCGCGUCUCUCCUGCCCCCCGCGCCCCGGGAGCGCGGGGCUGGCGGGCACCGUCCCCGGAAGGUGCCGGGAGACGCAGAGCCCUCUCUCCGUUCCCGUGUGGGGCGCAGCGUUCUGUGACGGGGCCCCCCCGAAUACGUGUCUCCUUUCCAACAUCUCUCGGGGGGUUGUUGUAUGCUAUGAUCUGUUAUUUUGUUUUUUAGCUUUUUGUAUACUUGUAGAUUAUGGGAGGAAAGUGAGCACCAGAAACUUCCGUUAACCCGCAUCCGAAUGGACGGUCCCGCACGGGAGAGCGAGUUGGAGGAUGCAGGGACAAGAUGCACCGUUUCCGUCCCUGCGUCUGACGGCCCCGCUCCCCGGCCCGAGACGCAUUCGAGGACCCCGAGGCACGGCGCUCGCCCGCGAGUCCGGCGGCAGCGCGUUCUCCGCGGUUUUAGUGGGAAGAUGGUCCUGCACAAGCCACGCUGCCACUUGCUAUCAGUGUCUUUUUCUAAAAAAUCUCGUUUCUGAUUAAAAUAGAAAAAAAUAA